AUGUAAAAUACAGAUAAAACCUUGAAUAAAGUUGCAGCAAAAUAAUUGUGUUACAAGUCAAUGUUUAAUAAAUUGGAACAAAACUCAUUUCAAAAAUUUAAACUAAACUUAGAAAUCUUUAAAAUUCAAUGUCAUAUUUUUUUAAAAUGAAUUACGAUAAAAAAGUAUUCGUUUUAUCAGCAGUCGAAAUUGUUUUAGGCAGCAUCAUGAUUGUAGUUUUUGUAUUGGUAGACAGGAGUAGAAAAGUAAACGAAGAAGAGAAUUAUUUAUACAUAAUUGCUUUCUUACCUGGAAUUGGUGGGAUCAUUUGCGGAUUAUUUAAUCCACUUGUUAAAGACUUUAGUCGAGGAUGCCGAAGAUGUUUAAUAAAAUGGAGAUGUACACCCCGAUACAAUAUGUUUACAUUUGUUGUUUAUAACUUAAUUUUUCUUGGAAUAUACAUCUAUAUUAUACAAUAUAAGAUUCAUUAUUGGCUGCAAGUUAAUACUAAAACUUGUCAGAUUGAUAAAGUUGAAACAAAUUGUGUCUGCUGGAUUAACAAUACAACAUACAUCAUUCAAGGCGCUGGCAAUUGUUCUACAUUAUCUUCAUUAAAAUCAAAGUUCUUUGGACUACAAACCUUUUACUUUAUUCAAGUAUUGCUAUUUAUAGCUUCAACUGUUGUUGGGAUUAGUGCUUUGUGUAGCUCAGAAUAUCCGUAUAUGGAAUUGGAACCAGAACCCACUGAAACCUAUAUCGCAAUACCAGAACAAACAUUUUGGAAUCUUUUUAAUUCAGCCGAAGCUGCUCAAAAAAAUACGACUACAGUUUCUCAAUAUGCGUGAGCACCAAGAUAUUUAUGCUGCAAAUCUAAAUAAGUUUUAAAAAACUCUUAGCAUUAUCUUUUUUGACAAAACGAGUUUAACAAUUAA